UUGGAGGGAGAUGAGCACAACAACAAAUUCUCUCAAGUCCCAACCCCAGGGUAAAGUACAGACAUUGGAGAUUUGGAGAAGAAGCUUAGAAGGUUUGACAUACAAAAAUGGUGAUGGACGUCACAAACUGGGAUGAAGAAGCUUACAGAAACUCCAUCCUUCAUGAAAGAGAAUCUCAAUCUCAAACCGUUUUUCGCGCCAUUUUUGCUCCUUCAUCCCUUUCAAACCCUAACCCUGAAAUUGUCGUUACUGCUUCCAGUGAUGGUUCCCUCGCCACCUACUCACUCUCUUCUCUACUCUCUUCCCUUGAAAUGCGUCAUGGCAUUUCGAGUCCUCAACAAGUGCUUGCUGCUGAACCCAAUUGUUUUCUUCAAGCGCACGAAGGACCUGCUUAUGAUGUUAAAUUUUAUGGCGAUGAUGCUGAUGCUUUGUUACUCAGCUGUGGAGAUGAUGGUCGGAUACGAGGUUGGAAAUGGAUGGAACUUGAAGCCUCUGAGACACCGAUACAUGAACAAGGCUCCCAUGUAAGACCAGUAAUUGACUUGAUGAAUCCACAACACAGGGGUCCAUGGUGUGCUAUGUCUCCAAUUUCUGAGAACAAUGCAAUUGCUGUUGACUACCAGGGAGGAUCCAUAUAUGCUGCUGCUGGUGAUUCUUCCGCAUAUUGUUGGGACGUGGAGACAUGUAAGAUUAGGAUGAUGUUUAAAGGACAUUCAGAUUAUUUGCAUUGCAUUGUUGCUCGUAAGAGUAGCAAUCAGAUCAUAACUGGUUCAGAGGACGGCACAGCAAGAAUAUGGGAUUGCCGAAGUGGGAAGUGCACUCAGGUUAUAUCUCCUGACCGAAAUAUGAGUCUAAAGGAAAUAUCGUGUGUUAGCUGCAUUGCUAUCGAUGCUAGUGAGAGUUGGCUGGCUUGUGGCAGUGGACAAAAUUUAUUUGUGUGGAAUCUUCUUGCUUCAGAACAAAUUACAAGGAUCAAUACUCCUAUGAUUUGCCAAGAUGUAGUAUUUGAUGACAAUCAUAUUUUAGCAGUUGGAGCCUCACCCAUGCUUAGUCGUAUGGAUAUGAAUGGCAAGAUUCUAUCUCAGAUAAGAUGUGCUCCUGAAUCUGCCUUUUCUGUCUCCUUACAUCAAUCGGGUGUUAUAGCAGUCGCUGGUUAUGCAGGAAUGGUUGAUUUUGUAUCGCAGUUUGGUAGUCAUUUGUGCUCAUUUCAAUGCACGUCUGUAUGAUAUUAUUAUUUGCUGUUUCUAAGGAUAUUUGCUUCAAUUUCCCUUUAUAGAGGGAGGGAAGAAUCACAUACUUCGACUUAUUCAAUUGGCGCUGCAAUGGAGAAUUGGCUAUAAACCUUUUAAGCUCAAUCUUCUUAUACAUCCUCCGGUCUUUUUGAAUUUGCUACUAAAAGUGAUAUGACAUGAGAAAAAAUAUCAUUUUCAGUAGCAAACUCAAAGGAGCAUAACUAUAUGAGUAUAAAUUUGCUUAUCUUUGCUCUAAUGCACUAGAAAUACUUUGUAGUAUUUGUGAAAACACGAAUUGAGAGACGGUCUCUUUGAAAGACCAUCUCUAAUCGGGCCGGCCCAUUAUGUAUUUUUUAAAAUAUUGUAAGUAGGCAUAAAGAAUAAUGUAAGUAAACAUUUAAGAUAUUGAAAGUAGGCAUUAAGGAUGCGUUAAGUAAGUAUUAAGGAAAAUGUAACUAGGCUUGAAAAAUACGAUAAAUAGGCAUUAAUUUUUAAUGGGUUGGGCUUGAGAUACGUCUUUCAAAGAAACGGUAAAGACGUAUCACAAGAGACUAGCUGUUGUGAAAAUAAGGU